AUGGAUAUGGUACAGACCCUGGUGCGCUCUGUCGUACGCGCUUUCUAUACCAACCCCGAGGAUCGAAGAAUGAUUAUCAUCAUUGAUGCAUUGGUCCGCCAUACGACUUUGCGCGACGACGACUUGUCUUACUUAGUCCACCUCAACGGGAAAGAUUUGCACAGGGUUUGCGGCAAGCUAAAGGAAGAUCACUUAUUGCAGAUCCAUAUGAGACCUGAGCUCGAGAAAGACAAAGAGAAGCCACGAAAUCGCACAUACUAUUACAUCGAUUAUCGCCAAGCCGUCGAUGCUAUCAAGUAUAGAACUUUUCUACUCGACAAAAAAGUUCAAGGCGAAUCCACCCCCCAGCAGGAGAAGAAGGAAUACUUUUGUCCUCUUUGCAAGGCCGAGUGGACUAUGCUCGAUGUUGUUGACAAUAACGAUCCUGUCCGAGGCUUUCUAUGUCACCGCUGCAACACAGUCCUAGUCUUUGACCCCGAUCGCGAGGCUGGUGGCCACGAACUCUCUACUCGACUAAACAGUCAGAUUAAAUUCAUCAUCGAAGUCCUGCCAAAGCUCGAUACUGUCACUAUUCCCGACGCCGAUUUUGAGACUCUAUAUUCUCAAGCCGCUCCUGUCUACCGCGAUGAAGCUAACAGGGUCGCUCCUUCGAUCGCCGUCGAAUCUCUCGGGAAACCAACCGCUGUCAAGGGUAUGGCGAAUACUGGUCCACAGAGUAUUGCGAUUAGCAUUACGGACACGGAUGGUCCUACCGAAGCCGAGAAGGAAGCUGAACGCGCCCGCAAAGAGGAGGUUGCUCAGAUGAACGCGUUGCCGGAGUGGCAUACCCGAAGCACUGUCUCUGGUCUAUCGUUUGCCGGAGGUUCCAACCCAACCUCGGCAGUUAAGACGGACGACGACAGCGUUAAAAUGCCAGACGAGUCGGUCGGUGACGCUAACCACGAUAAAGCCAUGGAGGAGCUAUUCAAGACGUUACAGAAGUCUCAAGCCGAGGAAGCAAGGCGUAAAGCUGAGAAAGAAGCUGAGGAAGAUGAUGAGGAAGGCGAAGAAGAUGAAAGUGAGGAUGAAGAGCCUUCGAAAAAGGUGAAGCUAGCGGAGCCAACCAACGGCGGUGAAAGCGAGGAUGACGAUGAGAUGCAAUUCGAGGAUGUCUAA